UUAAAUUUUUAAAUAAAGUUACUUAUAAUCCCAUAUUAAUUGCAAUUAAGACCUGUAUUUAAUUGAUUCAAAACAAUGCAACCAAUAAGUGAUGAGUUGAACGCAAAACUAUGCAAACAAUUAGAGUAUUACUUCUCGGACUAUAAUCUACACACAAAUGCUUUUAUCAAAGAUCUCAUAACUAAAGACAAUGGAUGGAUCCGUUUCGAGACACUAAACACAUUCAAUCGACUGAAACAAUUGGUGGACAAUAAUAGCCAUGAACUGCAUGAAUGGUUCAAAAACCUAACCUUUAAUUCAGACUUAAUUGAAGUGAAUGUGUCGGAUGAGAAGGUCCGGCGCCGACCGGACAGACCCCUACCGCCCAUUGACGAGGCACUGAAGGAAUACAACGAACGGACUGUCCAUUUGGAUGGCUUUCCAGUGGGCAGUGCUUACGAAGAUCUGAUGCAAUGGUUGCAAACGUACGGAAGCGUUGAAUACAUGGAAAUGAGAUACAAGAAGACGAAGACCGGACAGGCGUUUAAGGGCUGUCUGUUUUGCACCUAC